GCAUGUCCCAUCAUGCAGUGCGGGCCAAUUCUUCCUCACCCCCGCAGUAAGUAGAAUAGACUCUCAUAUCCAAGGAUCGGACUAAUGGCGGUCGUCAAAUCAGUACACUGAGAGCAAGUUCAAAACAUAGCCCUGUCUCACUACAGUCGCCGAGGAAUUUCAGGGAAAGGCAUCGUCAAAUCCAUACGGGAAUACUGAACUGAAAGGGGGAGGGGGGCGAAAUCAAGCAGCAAAUUGUGCUGGGACUUUCCUCUUCUUAAAAAUGGAUGAACACCCCGGCGGAGGAGGAGUUGGAAUGGCCGCCCCAAGACCUCAGCAACAACCGCAGGGGAAUAACAACGCUAAUCCCCAAAUCGGUGGUGGAGGUGGCUCAGGGAUGGGGCAGCAGCAUGACGAGAUGCCACGGCCACAGCAGUAUACCAUCCCCGGUAUUCUGCAUUAUAUCCAGCACGAAUGGGCCAGAUUCGAAAUGGAGAGAGCUCAUUGGGAAGUGGAAAGGGCCGAACUUCAGGCUCGAAUAGCAUUCCUACAAGGAGAAAGGAAGGGUCAAGAAAAUUUAAAGAAUGAUCUAGUUCGAAGAAUAAAGAUGUUAGAAUAUGCAUUAAAGCAAGAAAGAGCAAAAUACCAUAAAUUAAAAUAUGGAACAGAAUUAAAUCAAGGUGAAGUUAAGAUGCCCAGCUUUGAAUCAGAAGAUACCAAAGACACAGAGGUCCCUGCUGUACCUCAGAAUAGUCAGCUGACGUGGAAACAGGGCAGACAACUCCUCAGACAAUAUCUUCAGGAAGUAGGUUACACGGACACAAUACUAGAUGUGCGGUCUCAGAGAGUGCGUUCGUUACUGGGCCUGUCCGGCUCAGAGCAGAAUGGCUCAGUGGAAAACAGGAACCUGGAUCAGAUCCUCAAUGGAGGGGAGUCUCCAGCCAAACGAAAGGGACAAGAUAUGAAAAGGAAUCCAGGAGAUGUUCUGGAAACAUUUAACUUCUUAGAAAACGCAGAGGACAGUGAUGAAGAUGAUGAUGAGGAGGGAGACCUGAUGGAGGAUAUAGACAGUGGCAAACACACAAUAAAAAAGCAUAAGAUAAAGGUUGGGAAUGAGGGCCUGGCCUCUGACCUUCCAGAUGACCCCGACACAGAGGAGGCUCUGAAGGAGUUUGACUUCCUGGUGAAUUCCGAGGAUGGAGAGGGAGCAGGGGAGGCCCGGAGUUCAGGGGACGGGACCGAAUGGGCCGAGCCCUUACCGUUUCCCUCAGGCGGGGGCAAGUCCUUUAUCAUGGGCUCUGAUGACGUGUUGGAGAGUGUCCUGGGACUGGGAGACCUAGCUGACCUCACUGUCUCCAAUGACGACGCCGACUACAGCUAUGAUCUGCCAGCCAAUAAGGACACGUUCAGGAAGACGUGGAAUCCCAAGUACACCCUGCGCAGCCACUUUGACGGGGUCAGGGCUCUGGCCUUCCAUCCUGUAGAGCCUGUCCUGGUCACCGUGUCUGAGGACAACACCCUCAAACUGUGGAACCUGCAGAAGACUGUGCCUGCCAAAAAAAGUGCCUCUUUUGAUGUGGAGCCUAUUUACACGUUCAGAGCUCAUGUGGGGCCUGUGCUGUCCCUGGCUAUGACUUCCAGUGGACAGCAGUGUUACAGUGGAGGGAUUGACCACACAAUACAGUGCUGGAACAUCCCCAGCUCCAACGUGGACCCUUAUGACACCUACGACCCCAGCGUCCUGGCUGGAACCUGGCUGGGCCACACAGACGCUGUGUGGGGGCUGGCCUACAGCGGGAUCAAGAACCGCCUGCUGUCCUGCUCUGCAGAUGGAACCGUCAAGCUGUGGAACCCCCAGGAGAAGAACCCAUGCAUCGGCACUUACAAUGCAGAGAAAGAGCACGGCAUCCCCACUGCGGUGGACUUCAACGGCUGUGACCCCGCCCACAUGGUGGCGUCCUUCAACACGGGCAACGCUGUGAUCUAUGACCUGGAGACGUCACAGACCGCCGUGGUGUUCGCUGGUCAGGGGGAGAGCACUCUGCUUGCAGCCAACCACAUCAACAAGGUAGUGAGUCACCCCACCCUGCCGGUCACCAUCACGGCCCACGAGGACAGGAACAUCAAGUUCUUUGACAAUAAAUCGGGUAAAGUGAUCCAUGCGAUGGUGGCCCACCUGGAUGCUGUUACCAGCCUGGCUGUGGACCCCAACGGGAUCUACCUGAUGUCAGGAAGCCACGACUGCUCUAUCCGUCUGUGGAACCUGGACAGUAAGACCUGUGUGCAGGAGAUCACUGCCCACCGCAAGAAGUCUGACGAGUCCAUCUAUGACGUUGCCUUCCACCCGUCAAAGGCAUACAUAGCAAGUGCCGGGGCCGACGCCCUGGCCAAAGUGUUUGUGUAGUAGACCUGUGCUGCUUUGCCAGGUUGAGUGGGUAGACACCGAGAGAAAGAAUGGACUGCUUCACUGCCUUGUUUAAUAAGAGUAGCAUUUUAUGACACUACAUUGAAGCUGCCUCCCUCCACCCCAUCCAUGUUGAAUUCAACACUUGACAGAAACCAGGUGCCAAGGGGACUUAUGCCAGGCGUGGUGGUGGAGAAGCGCCCAAUCAGUUUUAUCCUGUUUUCAAACUAAAACAACAACAUUUACCUGUAAUUUACUGUAAGUUUAAAAAGCUGGAGUAAAACAAACUAGUGUAUGUAGCCUUUUUGACUGGGUUUCAGCUGAGCUAAUAUCUGUUCUGUCGGUAUAGUUCAGUGGCCGAGGGACAUUUGAGAUUUCACCUGAUUCAUACUACAGGGCUGACCCCUCACCAUACAGGGCUGGCUCUGAUAUUUUAUUUUCAUCACGGUUUCAUUAACUAUGGUGGAUUUGUAACCAGUUCAGCUCGGUUUUGUUUGGCUUGCUAGUGUGAAAAGGGUAUUUAACAGGACAUGGCCACAGCCCCUGGUGGGCCGACUGGGAGACCCUGCGGCGUCAGUUCAGUUCACACUAAACAUGAAUCAGGCGUGAAAUAUAGUCAGCUUCACACUUUAGCAUUAGUUUCAUGACAUUUUUGUGUAAAAAAAUAUAGUUUUUAUAAUCCUUUUUAUAUAAAUAAAGUCUGUCGUAACAGCACUGAAAAUUAUGUAUAAAAAAAGGGAAUAUUUAUUCCCGGUCUGAACCCUCCUUCACAACUCAUUAUGACCCCACAACCAUCAUCUUACGGUUCCCCCGUCACUGAAAAACUCAGUGAUCUCGCCCUUCCUAACCCAAGGAUGUGAUCUCUGACAUUGCUUUUACCUGGCUUUGUCACAUGAGUAAAGACUGUAGGACUAAAAGAAGCACAGUUCAUGGCUUCCUGAGAGAGCGCUCUCUUUUCAAAUAAACUGCAUCAUCCUAUCACUAUGUGAUAUUUUGUACACCUUACUGUAUUUGAGUUUAUUUAUCACAGGUUAUUAGACAUCUUUAUGCUAUAAAUCAGUGCUUUGAAGCAAGCAUGGGGUGUAACCAUUUUAUUUUUCUUAAUUUUGUUUUAAGUGAUUGGAAUAGCAAACAAGAUUAAUCACGACUCAGUCUUUUGUUUGAUUGUACUUUUCUAUUUUAUCCUGCAAAACUAUUUUAUGUUCAAACAUGCUACAAUUUCUGGUGUAACUAAAUGCUUUUGUUUGUGUAAUGCAUGAUAAAUACAAUAGUCUUUUUUCUAGUCUUCCAAAAAAAGGUUCUGGUCAGUUUGCGAGUUUUGAUGAGUUUUGUAAGGUUUUUGAUUUACAAACUAUGAAUCAGCAGAUUUUAAAGAUUGUACCACAUAGCAAAAUGAAACUGUUGAAAAUAAUGUAUAUAAAAUGUCUAUAAUAAAUAUUAAAUGGUGUACCUGUA